AUGGGCGACCGUUAUAAUAUACAUACACAGCUUGAACAUCUACAAUCAAAAUAUGUUGGUACUGGUCAUGCCGAUACGAUAAAGUGGGAGUGGCUAACAAACCAACACCGUGAUUCAUGCGCAUCUUACAUGGGACACUUUGACGUUUUAAACCAUAUAGCCAUAUGUGAGAACGAAUCCAAAGCACGAAUUCGAUUCAAUCUCAUGGAAAGAAUGCUUCAACCAUGUGGCCCCCCACCGAAGCGACCAGAAAACUGA